AUGGGUACCGGAAAGAAGGAGGCCGCUCGUAAGGAGCGGCAGGGCAAGGUUGACGAUGGCAUGGGCAAUGUCAAAACCAAAGGUGAAAACUUCUACCGCGAUGCGAAGAAGAUUAAGACCCUGAACAUGUUCAAGGAUGGCAAAGCUCGACGCAACGCCCAUGGUGAAAUUACCGUAGCUGCCUCCUACCAGUCUCGUGAGACUCCAACUGCUCGCAUUGAACCCAACCGUAAAUGGUUCGGAAACACUCGUGUCAUCUCACAGGAGGCUCUCACUUCCUUCCGUGAGGCUGUCGCUGAGCAAACUAAGGAUCCUUACCAGGUUCUGCUCAAGACAAACAAGCUUCCUAUGAGUUUGAUUCGGGACAAGAGCGAUACCGUUAAUGGAAUCAAGCAACAUCAAGCCAAGAUGGCGAUUGAGAACAAUCCUUUCGGUGAUACCUUUGGACCUAAGGCUCAGCGCAAGCGUGUCAAGCUCGGAGUUACCUCGUUGGAGGAUCUGGCCGGCGAAACUGUCAAGAAUAUGGAUACAUAUAUCGAGAAGCUGGACCAAGGCACCCACGAUGACGGUUCACCCAUUGUCCUUGGCGAUAAUGCCAACCCCGAUGACGCUAUUCUCACAACUGCCCGUGAAGCUGUCUUCUCCAAGGGUCAGAGUAAGCGUAUCUGGAACGAACUCUACAAGGUCAUUGACUCUUCUGACGUGGUUAUUCACGUCUUGGAUGCUCGUGAUCCCAUUGGUACUCGCUGCCGGAGCGUUGAAAAAUACAUCCGCGAGGAGGCACCUCACAAGCAUCUUGUCUUCGUGCUGAACAAGACUGAUCUCGUCCCAACCGGUGUAGCUGCUGCUUGGGUUCGUCACCUGUCUAAGGAUUACCCUGCCCUGGCUUUCCAUGCUUCCAUCAACAACUCUUUUGGAAAGGGUUCUCUGAUUACGCUGCUGCGCCAAUUCUCUAUUCUGCACUCUGACCGCAAGCAAAUCUCUGUUGGUUUCAUCGGUUACCCCAACACCGGCAAGUCUUCCAUCAUCAACACUCUUCGAAAGAAGAAGGUCUGCACAGUUGCUCCUAUUCCUGGCGAGACCAAGGUGUGGCAGUACAUCACUUUGAUGAAGAGAAUCUACCUGAUUGAUUGUCCUGGUGUUGUCCCUCCUAACCAGAACGACACUGAGACUGACAUUCUUCUGCGUGGUGUCUGCCGUGUGGAGAACGUUGAGAACCCCAAACAGUACAUUCCAGCUGUGAUGAGCCGGGUCCAACCCCGUCACCUGGAGCGUACCUACGGUAUUAAGGAGCCCACUGAUGCCAUUGACUUCCUCAGCCGUCUCGCUCGUAAGGGCGGUCGUCUCCUCAAGGGUGGCGAGCCUGACUUGGAUGGUGUGGCCAAGAUGGUUAUCAACGAUUUCCUUCGUGGAAAGAUUCCUUGGUUCACCCCACCUCCCAAGCCAGAGGGCGCUGCUGGUGAAGAUGAGAAGAUCCAAGGACGUGACGGCCGCCUUGGAGAGAUGGGUCGCAAGCGUAAGCUUGAUGAGACCAACGCCGAAACCGCUGACGCUAGCGAGUCAUCAGACUCCAAGCCGGAUGAGGAAUCUGAAGGCCUUGAUGCUGAUGAGGACGACGAUGAUGAUGACUCCAUUGCCAACUUGGAGAUCAGCGAUGUGGAGAGUGGUGAAGAAGAUUGA